UUGGUUUGCCCCAGGAAGUGAGUUGGAAGUAGUUGGAAAAGUUUGUUCUGUGUAUUAGCGUUUGUCUGUUAAAUCGGUUUACUUUGUUAUUUUUUGCAACCUCAUUUUGUUUAAGCGUCCGUUUUAGAAUUUAUUCGUCAACCCCCCAGCAGCAUUUGCUGCUUGGGGGACUGUCUUGCACGUUAAAUGUUUCGGAUGGAUAUAAUGGCAACGAACACUGGUCAGCAAUUGACUACGAGCCGGAUUACGGAGAAAAUUAAUGAAAGAGAGGAAGGAUGCGGAGAAACGGACAGACAAAAUGUGAAUGACAAAGGAAAGAACACCGACAAUGAGAAUGGACACGGAAUAAAUAAACGGAAAGACGGCGAACAACAAAGAAACGGAGGAAUCCAAGGAGAAGAGAGAAGGAAAUAUGACAGAGCUGACAGUGGAAGUGGAGGUGGAAGGAACGGAGGAAAUCUCCAUGAUGGACAUACUACGAGAAGUAAAAAAAGAGUGCGGAGAAGUCACAGGCUGUCGAGUGAGAGGAAUGGACCAAGCAAAACAGAAACUAAUGGACGGAAUUAAAGUUAAAGGAGCGAUGGUUUUCGCGAGAGACAUCGUUAACAAGGACAUGGUAGUCUCAUUUAUUAACCUACCAGUCUAUUUAGAGGAUGGGAAAAUAAUAACAAAAUUAGAAGAGUGGGGGGUUAAACCAUUAUCGACAAUUAAACGGAGAAAGUGGCCGGGAACAGACAUUGCGGACAGAACAAGAUUUUUUAAAAGUACGCUUCAACGAGCAGGUACGUUCACUCAUUUAGUCCACGAAAUUUGAGACGCUGAGAGGCACGGAAUAUUUUAGGGUGAUUCACGACAGACAACUACGGGUUUGCAGACUAUGCAUUCAACCUGGACAUAUAUUCAGAGACUGUCCGGACUUUAAAUGCUUUAAAUGUGGAGAGAAGGGGCACUACACGAGAGAGUGCGAGAAACGGAAGGAGGCAGAAAGAGAAGAGAAGAGAAGCAAGAGGAGAGCAAAAGACGGCGACGAAAAGAGAGAGAAAGAACACCGGGACGGAAAAUCAGCCGAUGAAAUGGAAAACGAUGCGCAAGAGGAGAAAAAUAAAGACGUGGACCUAGACAGCGAAAUGGAACGGAGAUACGAGACUGCGGGCAACCGUGAGGGCGGGGAAGGGGACGGCGAUGAAGAGGAAGAGAUGGAACAGAUGGGAGAAAGUGAGGAAAGCGGAGAAAGAGAAGAUGACGAUGAGGAGAGUUUUAACAGAAGGGUGGCGAAACAGGCGAGAGAAGAAAACAGCAGAUUGCAGAUUCAAAGAACAAAAAAUGAAGAUGAGAGAGGAAAUUAAAGAGAAAAGACCAUGGAAAGAAACAACUAUAUCCCAGAAACUGGCUGCAAAAAAGAAAGGCGGACAAAGAUAGAGCACGAGAAGAAAGAAAGAAAGGACUGCGAGUUGGUGUUGUCGCUGAUGAGGACAGGAGUGGAGCGACGUUUCUUCCUGCAGGGCAGGGAGCCUACGUGUCCAGUGAGAGGGCUGGCACUAGGCCAAGCAGGAAAGAUUUGGAAGGAGGUGGCCCACCCGGACCUGCUGAACCGCCAUCGGGACCUGGCCUGGCAGGUGGCGCACGGGGUCCUCCCUGUACGAGCAGUAAUGCACAGAAGAGGGAUGUCAAGAAUUGCAGUGUGCCCUAGAGAUGGCUGUGGCUAUGAAGAGCCAGUGCGGCACCUCCUGUGGGACUGUGAGGCGGCCCAGGCCCUCUGGAAGGAGGUGUGCCCUCUGCUCCAGCACCUGUACCUGCACCCAGGGAUAACACUAGACUGCCAGCUGGUCUUAUAUGGGACAAAAGGAAAAAUAAAAGCAAAUGCGUGGACUCAAGCAUGGCAGGUGGUGAACUGCACAAAAGAGGCCCUGUGGAAGGCAAGAUGCCUGCUGGUGCUGGAGGACAAAUUACUGAAGAAGGAACAAAUGAAGAGGGUGGCCUGGGCCGCAGUAAAAGAAUACAUGUUCCGAGACGGUCGACGGAAGGGACAGGAGGUGGCCAGGUCCAGGACUCCCAUUAUGAUGGGACAGCAGGUAAGGAGUGAAGGCAGUUGUUUAAAGACACGUCCUGCCCUGCACGAAAGCAUAGUGUCUAAUUUUAUUGGGAUUGCUUUUAAAAUGUAUGUAAAAUAAAUUUAUUGGAAUGGGAUGGAGUUUUGGAAGAUUUUGGAGUGUGUUGUGCAUGGAAAAUGGUUUGUGUUUUUAAAAUAUAAUGUUUUAUUUGGAAUUUGUAGAAAUUGAGUACAUUUAGAUUGUCAUCAAUUUUAAAU